ACUCUCACUGCGGCAUAUUGCCUGCCCUCGAAACAGAAGAACUGCGGGUCUGGACGGAUUUCAUGUAAGGCAGAGCAACCGUCAGCAGAAUGAGCUCCUCUCCCGUCGUCUCACGCGUGUCCGGCGACAUCCUGGAGGAACUGCAGCUCUUCGCAGCUCAAAACCUGGAGAAGGUGGAGGUCAACAAAUACUAUGAAGUCAUCCGGGAGCUGGGGAAGGGCACCUACGGGAAGGUGGACCUUGUCAUCCAUAAGAUCAGAGGUACAGCAAGAUGGCUCUGAAGUUUCUAAAGAAGAAAACAACCAAGCUGAAGAGUUUCUUGAGAGAGUACAGCAUCUCGCUCUAUCUGUCUCCAUGUUCCUUCAUCAUCAACAUGUUUGGCAUUGCGUUUGAAACAGAGGAAUACUAUGUUUUUGCGCAGGAAUAUGCGCCGUCCGGUGACCUGUUCGAUAUCAUUCCACCACAGGUGGGUUUGCCGGAGCCGGUGGCGAAGCGCUGCGUCCAUCAGGUGACCAUCGCUCUGGACUACCUGCACUCCAAAAAGCUGGUGCACAGAGACAUCAAGCCCGAGAACAUCUUAAUCUUUGACAAGGAGUGUCGCAAGGUCAAGCUGUCGGACUUCGGCAUGACGCGGCGGGCCGGCUCGCCGGUGAAGCGUGUGAGCGGCACCAUCCCGUACACGGCGCCCGAGCUCUGCGACACAUCCAAGCAUGAGGGCUUCUGCGUGGACUACAGCACAGACGUGUGGGCCUUCGGAGUGCUGCUGUUCUGCAUGCUGACUGGGAACUUCCCCUGGGAGAAGGCCAUGCCGUCAGACACUUUCUACGAGGAGUUUGUGCGCUGGCAGAGGCGGCGGAGCGGCACGGUGCCAUCGCAGUGGCGCAGAUUCACGGAUGAAGCCCUGCGCAUGUUCCGAAAGCUCCUGGCCCUGGAGCAGGAGCGCCGCUGCUCCGUCAAGGAGGUGUAUGCGCAUUUUAACCACUGUUGGAUGCUGGAUGGCCAGGCUGGCGGAAGCCACCAUCAGGCUGCGCUGAACUCUUCGUCCGAGGAAGAGGAGCUACUGGUGGAUCGUAUGAAGCAGCAGACCCUGUCUCCGACAGCUUCCAAAACCAACGGCAUGGAGUCGGGAGCGGCUCACCACUUCACCUCCGUGUCCACGAACAGCUCCGUGUCUUCCACCAACAGUUAUGAGCGCUCGGCCAGAGACAGUCCGCCUAGCAGCCGCAUCCUGGUCACCACGCCGAUAGAGAUCUGCGUGUAGAGA